UUCUCCCGGCCACCCUCUCUGCGUCCCGACCCUCUCGUCAUAAUGACUUCAAUAAGUGUGCAAAUUGAAACCAUGUUGCUAUGUGACCUUUCAGAGGUGCUUCAGAAUCGAACUAUGGUUCAUGAAAAGUUGUUCAUUGUCGUAAAUCGAGAAGUAACAGUAUGAUAAGCUAGAACUGUCCGCCUUUAGACAGGUUCAUCUACAGGUUAGGAUGCUGCCAGUUCCGCGUCAACUGUGCAGCUGUGCUGCAGUGGUAUGUGAGAGUGAAUAAUGAAACUGUACUUAUCAUUUCUCGAAGGUAUUUAAUGGAGGUUAUAGAAGUGAAAGUCAGUGUUGCAGUGCUUUAGUCUUCCACGGUGCGUCAAACAGCAUAGAAAGAUGAAUGUACUGAGAACUGUAGAAGGAAUGGCCGGGCUGAGGCGAGCCAUGAGUGCCGUGUAUCUCAAGUCUGUACCCUGUGGUAGAGUGGCUGACCUGUGCCCAGUGACUACUGCAGUUGUUGGGUGUGUGCGAGCCUACCAGUCCUAUCAAGGCGUGUACGGAUACAAGUAUCGGGAGCCGAGGGGUUUCACGUUGCCAGAUGAAGUUAUUCAGAAGAGAAAGGAAGAAAGCUGUUUGUUCCGGUGGAUCAGUGCCUUCCGUGAAUUUGGCCACCUAACAGCAGAUGUGAACCCAUUAAGUCCUAAUACCAGACAGGUACCUGAGCUGGAGCCUGGGCUGUAUGGCCUCAACUGUGAUGCAUUAUACAACCCUUGUGGUCUUGUGGCCGGCUGUGAUGGCAUGUACAGCCUUCAGCAGCUGCAAGAUAUCCUCAAACAGAAAUAUUGUGGUCACAUGAGUGUUGAGUUUUCAUAUUUACCAACAUUAGAGGAGAGAGAAUGGUUUGCCAAUGCUGUGGAAAGCCUCCAAGAUGAACUCAUCACUCCAGAAGAACGUAUCAGGCUGGCAGGAGAUAUGUUGCGCUCACAGGCCUUUGACAAUUUUCUGGGGACAAAGUUCCAGAGUGUGAAGCGUUAUGGUGCUGAAGGAGGAGAGUCCACUGUGGGCUUCUUCUCAGAGGUCUUCAGAAGAGUGGCACAGGAUAGUGUAGAACAAGUAGUAAUAGGCAUAGCGCACCGAGGACGCCUCAACCUUUUGACAGGUCUUCUACAGUACCCAGCCAGCAUCAUGUUUAGGAAAAUGAAGGGAUUGUCGGAGUUUCCAGAGAGUGUCAAGUUUAUUGGAGAUGCUUUAUCACAUUUAGCCAUCUCACUUGACAUGGAGAUGGAAGGAGACAAUUCCUUGCAUGUCACGAUGCUGCCAAAUCCUUCCCACUUGGAGGCUGUGAACCCUGUUGCAUGUGGCAAGACCCGUGCCCGACAGAGAAGCCUCAAGGAGGGGUAUUACUCUACAAAUCAUGAUGCCCAGCCUGGAGACAAAGUGGUGUGUCUGCAAGUUCAUGGAGAUGCAGCACUUGGUGGGCAGGGAGUGAACCAGGAGACCCUUUCUCUUUCAUCUGUUCCUCAUUUUGACAUUGGAGGAGCAUUGCAUCUUGCCAUUAAUAACCAGAUUGGCUAUACCACCCCUGGGGAGCGCACAAGAUCCUCUGAGUAUUGCACUGAUGUUGCUAAGAUGUGUGGGAUCCCAGUCAUCCAUGUCAAUGGGGACCAACCUGAGGCUGUGGUGAAAGCUGCACGACUGGCUGUGCAGUACCAGAGAAAGUUCCGGAGAGACGUGUUUGUGGAUCUCUUGUGCUGGCGGCGGUGGGGCCACAAUGAGCUGGACAAUCCACGGUUCACCAACCCUACCAUGUACCAUGUCAUUGAUGCACGCAGGAGUGUCCCAGAUACAUAUGCUGAACAGUUGAUUAAGGAAGGUGUAUUGGGGAGUGAAGAGGCCAUGAAAAUCACUUCUGACCACAUGGCUUUCCUCACAGAACAGUUCAAAGUAGCAGACUCCACUGUUCCGAAGGCCCCUCAUCUUGAGAAGCAAUGGGCAGGACUGGUGCAGGCACCUUCCUCAUUGCAGAUGUGGGACACUGGGGUGGACAGUCAAACUUUGCAGUAUUUAGGAGCAAAAUCUGUAGAAAUUCCUGAAAAUUUUAAUCUACAUAAGCAUCUGAAAAAGACUCAUGUUGAGGCCCGGCUUCAAAAAUUGAGAGAAGGUGUUGGUCUGGACUGGGCCACAGCUGAGGCCUUAGCAUUUGCUUCUUUAAUAUAUCAAGGAUUUGGCGUUCGUAUUAGUGGCCAGGAUGUUGGUCGGGGUACCUUCUCACAGCGCCACUGCAUGUUUGUUGACCAAGAAACAGCUGAGAUGCAUAUUCCUCUCAACCACAUAAGUGAAGACCAGAAUGCUCCUGAGGUGGCCAACAGCAUUCUCUCAGAGGAGGCUGUGUUGGGCUUUGAGUAUGGCAUGUCUAUAGAAAGCCCAAACACCCUCUGUAUAUGGGAGGCUCAAUUUGGGGACUUCUUUAAUGGUGCCCAGAUUAUGAUCGAUACCUUCAUUUCUGGUGGUGAAGCCAAGUGGUUGCAGCAGAGUGGCCUAACAAUGAUUUUGCCUCAUGGGUAUGACGGUGCAGGACCUGAACAUUCCUCAUGUCACAUAGAGCGAUUCCUACAGAACAGCAGCUCCAGUGAGACAGUGCCAGAUGGGGAUGAUGUGAACUGGUACAUUGUAAACCCCACCACACCUGCUCAGUAUUUCCAUGUGUUGAGGCAACAGAUGAUCAGAAAUUUCCGCAAACCCAUCAUUGUUGUGGGCCCCAAAGUGCUCCUGCGUCACCCUGCAGCAACAUCCACCCUGCUUGACAUGGCUCCAGGCACACACUUCCUCCCUGUCAUUGGUGAUCUGGAUGUCAAUCCAGACAAUGUGAAGAAAGUUAUUUUUGUGAGUGGGAAGCAUUACUACACUUUGGUGGGAGAGAGGAAGGCACGAGGCAUCACAGACACAGCCAUCAUCAGGCUGGAGAGCUUAUGUCCCUUCCCAACAUUACAAAUCAAUGCUGAACUGAUGAAAUACAAAAAAGCAAAGAAGUUUGUUUGGUCUCAGGAGGAACACCGCAACAUGGGGGCGUGGUUCUUUGUUCACCCUCGCUUUGAAAACUUAUGCUCCACGAAGCUGGAGUAUGCAGGCCGAGACGUGUCCGGAGUGCCGGCCUCUGGUGUAGCUCAGGUCCACAAGGCUGAGGCACAGGCUCUUAUUAACCAGACCUUUGCUCUCUAAACAGACUCUUCCUACAAAAGGUUCCUAGUCAAAGAAAUAAUUUCUAAGAGAAAAUAGUAGUUACAUCCUCAAAUUUAUUAAGAAUGUACAGUAAGUGCCUUAAUCACUCUAACAAAGCAUUUAAAACUUGUGAACUAGUCACUUUUAUCUAUAUUCAGUGUGAUUUCAUGUUUGAAGUGGGUUGUUUAUUCUGUGUCUUCCAGUUACUGAAGUUGUAAGUGAAUGAAGUUACAUACACAUGGUGAAGAAUUUGAAAUUUUUAAGAACAGAUAUUGAAUUAAAUGUCUUCCAGUAACAAAUGAAAAAUCUUCUUUUAAAUAAGGAAUGAUGGACUGAUAGGUGAGUGAAGAGAAGCCAUUUUUGCUUUUCCCUCAUCACCAUUGAGGUAUUUUAGGAAAAAUCAUAUAUUUUUUGAUUGUUCAAGUAUUGUUAAAUACAUGAUAUUUUUACACAAUACUGUACAUAGUGCAUUUUUCUUGAUAUAGAUAAAUGGAACUGAUGAAAGAUGUAGGAUGUAUCAGUAGUAUGAGGAAAAUAUGGUAGGUGAAACAGCAAGGAAGAAUGUUUGCACUCGCUAGGAAAGAAUGUGGCGGCAAUUGUGAUGCACAAAUAGAAAUAGCUUCAACAAGAGGCACUUUGACAUUGGUCUGAUAUGGUGAUUAAUUCAUGUGUGGAGAGGAGGAUGGUUCUAUUAUGUUACAUCUGAGUUAAGCAAACCCUGCAGUGGGCAGUGUUUAAUUAUGCUGUGUAACUGAUCAUGGCAUGAAUAUUGCUGUGAAGAUCAGUCCUUCCCUAAAUGAAUGAAGAAAGCUCUGUAAGUAGAAAUAUACUUGUAUGUCUUAAUUGGCUUCUUUCAAGGAGGAUGUUAGGCUGAUUGAUAGACAGAUAGUUAAUGAAUUAAUGAUGCAACUUCUUGAAUGAUUCACACACACACACACACACACACACACACACACACACACACACACACACACACACACACACACACACACACACACACACACACACA